GGACCCUCCAUUCCCCACAUCCAGGAAAAUGUGAUGUGCUACAGGUAUCAGCUUCUAGAACACCACUUCACAUUCUAGCCACAAGUGAGGAGUGGGAGAUCCAGGGGCAGAAGAGACACGUCAUCAGGAAGAUGUCUAAAGAAAUAGCAGACCAAAAAGAAGAAGCUGGAGAAAAAGAGAUGUGUGGAGAUCAAAUCAAAGGACCGGACAAAGAGGAGGAACCACCGGCUUCAUCAUCCCAUGGCCAGGGGUGGCGCCCAGGUGGCAGAGCACCUAGGAACUCAAGGCCUGAACCUGGGGCGAGACCUCCUGCUCUCCCGGCCAUGGUCAAUGACCCAUCAGUACCUGCCUUACUGUGGGCCCAGGAAGUGGGCCAAGUCUUGGCAGGCCGUGCCCGCAGGCUGCUGCUGCAGUUUGGGGUGCUCUUCUGCACCAUCCUCCUCCUGCUUUGGGUGUCUGUCUUCCUCUAUGGCUCCUUCUACUAUUCCUACAUGCCAACGGUCAGCCACCUCAGCCCAGUGCAUUUCUAUUACAGGACUGAUUGUGAUUCCUCCACCACAUCACUCUGCUCUUUCCCUGUUGCAAAUGUCUCAUUGGCUAAGGGUGGACGUGAUCGGGUUCUGAUGUAUGGACAGCCAUAUCGCAUUACAUUAGAGCUGGAACUGCCAGAGUCCCCUGUGAAUCAAGAUUUGGGCAUGUUCUUGGUCACCGUUUCAUGCUACACCCGAGGCGGCCGAAUCAUCUCUACUUCUUCACGCUCGGUGAUGCUGCAUUACCGUUCAGAUCUCCUCCAGAUGCUUGACACACUGGUUUUCUCUAGCCUCUUGCUGUUUGGCUUUGCAGAACAGAAGCAGCUCCUGGAGGUGGAGCUCUAUGCAGACUAUAGAGAGAACUCGUAUGUGCCAACUACUGGAGCGAUUAUCGAGAUACACAGCAAGCGCAUCCAGAUGUACGGAGCCUACCUUCGCAUCCAUGCUCACUUCACUGGGCUCAGAUAUCUGCUGUACAACUUCCCAAUGACCUGCGCCUUCAUAGGUGUCGCCAGCAACUUCACCUUCCUCAGUGUCAUCAUGCUCUUCAGCUACAUGCAGUGGGUGUGGGGGGGCAUCUGGCCCCGACGUCGCUUCUCUUUGCAGGUUAACAUCCGAAAAAGAGGCAGUUCCCGAAAGGAAGGCCAGGGAAGGAUCUCUACCGAUCAGCCAGGCACAGGGUCUGAAGGCCAGGAGGAAUCAACCCAGCAAUCAGAUGUUACAGAGGACGGUGAGAGCCCUGAAGACCCCUCAGGGACAGAAGGUCAGCUGUCUGAGGAGGAGAAAGCAGAUCAGCAGCCCCUGAAUGGGGAGGAAGAGCUGGAGCCCGAGGCCAGUGAUGGUUCAGGCUCCUGGGAAGAUGCAGCUCUGCUGACUGAAGCCAACCUGCCUGCUCCUGCCUCUGCCCCUGCCCUUGCCCCAGAGACUCUGGGCAGCUCUGAACCCUCUGUGGGUGCUGUCAGACAGCGCCCCACCUGCUCUAGUUCUUGAAGAAAAGGGCAGAUUCCUCACAUUCCAGCACUUUCUUACCUGACCCCUUUCACCUUGUUUUCCCUUCAAUAAAGUAUUUUG